UCGGAACUAUCUAGACUCAACCACCUUCACACGGCAGAUUGACGCCUGUCGAGCGUGUGUGCUUGCUUACUGCUUACCGUGUGUGUAUUGUGUUUUUCGAAUGUUUUCAAAAGUGAGUUUACUGGUGAUUUGUGAGUGUGUUACUACACUUGUGUGCCAAAUAUUAGUGUGAUAAAUUUGGAUAACUCACAACAGAUUAAUUGGAGCUCUGGAGGGGCCGUGGGAGACAUACUGCCGGUGGAAACUCGCCACCAUGCACACCCCUCCUGUCGACUCAAUGGCAGCUGCCACCUUCACACCGCCACCCACCCCCCUCGAAGCAACCGCCCUCACUCCCCCCAGUAUUGGCCAGGACGAGCAGGACAAUUUCAAUAACAGUAUGCUGUGCAUCCAAGAAGAAUUGGGACAGCUGAGCUUGAAGGCGGCAUCCGUCUCUGGAAGUGGAGGCUACCACCAGCACUAUCCCUACCCCUAUCCACCCUACUCCGACCCCCACCACCCGGCCACCGUGACCGGCUGCCUCCAGCUAGUGCCACCACCGGGGGCGGCGGAGGGCUCAGAGGACUCCACCUCGUCGCCUGGAGGCAUGAGCGGGGGUGUGGGUGGUUUCGGAGGCGGAAUGCUGCAUUGUCCGCCGCCCCCAGUCGGACUCAAGGAAGGCGGUUGGGUGGAUGGACUGCUAGGAUGUUUGAGGCCGGUCUGGACCAUCAUCGGCAAGGCCACUGCCAACGAGAUCAAAGCUCAUCAUCAGAAAGCAGCGGAUGACUGGGAAAUAAUGUUCGAGACAAUCAGCGACCUGAGGUGGCUGGGCUCAGGAGCCCAGGGUGCUGUCUUCAGUGGAAAACUGAAAAACGAAACAGUUGCCGUCAAAAAAGUGGAAAAUUUGAAAGAGACUGACAUCAGGCAUCUACGAAAGCUCAAUCAUCCCAACAUUGUUCAAUUCAGGGGAGUAUGCACGCAAGCACCAUGUUACUGUAUAGUAAUGGAGUACUGUCCCUACGGACCUCUCUACAAUUUGCUCAAGGACGGUGAGGAGAUACCCCCACACCGGCUGGUAUCCUGGGCCAAACAGAUUGCAUCAGGCAUGCAGUACUUACAUUCCAACAAAAUCAUUCACAGAGAUCUCAAAAGUCCAAAUGUGCUCAUCGGCAAGAACGAAGUGGUUAAAAUAAGUGACUUCGGAACCAGCAGAGAGUGGAAUGAGAUUAGCACAAAGAUGAGUUUCGCAGGCACUGUGGCCUGGAUGGCUCCCGAAAUCAUCAGAAAUGAACCCUGCUCUGAAAAAGUCGACAUUUGGUCGUUCGGAGUGGUGCUAUGGGAACUUCUGACCUGCGAGGUGCCCUACAAGAACGUGGACUCCUCGGCGAUCAUCUGGGGCGUGGGCAAUAACUCGCUUACCCUGCCCAUCCCCACCUCCUGCCCCGACGGCUUUCGGCUGCUGGUCAAACAGUGCUGGAGUGCCAAACCCCGCAACCGCCCCUCCUUCAAGCACAUACUCAUUCAUCUCGACAUCGCCGCGCAUGAAGUUCUGCGCAGCUCGCCGCAAUCCUAUCUCAAAACGCAGGCAACCUGGCGCGCAGAGGUGCGUGCGCACAUGCAGCAAAUGUCGCUGCCGAAAUUCAACGACGAGCAAGAGCGCAUUAAACAGCUGCGCGACAAUGAGCUGCGACACGCACGCGACAUUCGGCUGCACUACGAGCACAAACUGGAGCGGGCAAACGACCUCUACACCGAGCUGCAUGCAGCCCUUUUGCGGCUGGAGCAGCGCGAGGAGGAGCUGCGAAGGAGAGAGAAACAGACUGCAAAGAGUUGCAAGAAGCGUUUUGUGAGGCCACUGUUCAAAGCAAGGGAGAAGCUCGAACGCAAAAAGUCCGAUUCCACUACUCCGACAUCACCUGAGCGUUACUCGAUGACUCCGGAUCCUGACUCCCCUGACAGUCCGGCCAAGGCCUCACUGUACACGCAGCUGAAAGGCGAGCGACCCGUGUCAGUGGCCAUUGCUAAACCUGCGCCGAUCGCCGCCUUGAGGCAGCGACGUCUCAUGAAGGCGAGACGCGUUUCUGUCGCUCAGCAGUGUUGUGGUGCAUCUUCAUCGUCAGCACAACUGUGCAGUCCCAUCAGAGACCAGGAGGACAAUUAUUGGGAGUACGUAGAGCCUUGCCGAGUGAACAUUGAGACGCAGACUGAACCAAUGGACAUCAGUCCAAGUCCUGAACCGAGCCCACGUAUCGUUAGUCCCACUGACAGCAUGAAUGGCAACCUACAGUUUACUCAUACUGACGAAAGCUGUUACACAGAAGAGAGAAACGGGAACGAGAGGCUGAGCGAUGACGACAUCUUGGAGAGUCUCGGCCGCAAAGUGAGCGAGAUUUUGAACAACGGCAACGGAGCCAGGCUGGCUGAGGACAGCUCUGACCGAGAAGAUGACGAUUUGCCACGGCUUGGCUCUUACAGCUAUGCGCUCAAACGAAAGAGUAUCGGACGCAGGCCGAUCGGGCCAGGCUGUAGAGCGCGACGCGCGAAGCUGGUGAUGCCUAUCCAGAUGUCGGACGAGGAGAACACAUCUGAGAGGAGUCGCGCAGCCUCCAGUCGGUCCUCUACCUUGGAGAGUCUGCCAGCUGUCAAGAGACCGGCCAGUUGCAUCACGUCGGAGUCUUCAUCGGAAUCUGAAGAUGCCAGUGAGGCUACUGUAGCAUCACAGCUUUAUCAACUAAAAAUCAAUGACUCCGAAACUAUUGCAUAGUCGUCACCUCUCAACAUUCCGCCAUUUUUAUUUGGGUGUGAGCGAGAACGAAAGAUGAAUGAAAAGAGUGCGUGAAUGGAAGAGAACUACGUUAGAAAAAUCAUUAUUAAUUUUUCCAUCGUUGUUUCUGUACUAAAUUUUCAAGUAAAAAUGAAAAUAUUCUUAAUUAAGUUAGGCUAGAUUUUAUUGACAACUACAGUUAAUUCGUCCAAGAUUGGAUCAAUGCAUGCAUGUUCAACGAAUGUUUUUUCGUAUGUAAGUUGUAAAUUUAUGUUCUCAUUGUUACUAGUGAUAAGUAUUUUUUAACAGACUGUUUAAUUGAAACUGAAUGAACGAAACCAUGACAUUAUUCUACUAUUAGCUUAGUUCAGCGGAAAAUAUUUUUUAGAAAAUCGUCGUACUUAGAUUGUUGAGUACAGUACGGUACUUACAAGAAUAGAUUAAUAGAUCGUUACUAGUGUGAUACUGUACUCUUGUUAUGUCCAUUGAACGUGUCUUCUAUUCUUAUGCUGAUUAAGUUUAGAAACUCGUGUAUGAUGUAAAGUUGGGUGAAUUGAUAAGUAUCCAUAAAAUUUACAAGCAAUAAUUAUGAUAUAAGAAACUCUUAACAUUAACCUGUAUUCAAGUAGACGGGUGAAAUAAAUACAGGCAUGCCUAACAUAUUUGAUAAAUUAAAGUUAAAGAUCUAAAUUUGAUUUUUAAUAUUUCUAAUUUUGACACUCAUAUAUUUUCAAUUGAUAAACUAUUCAUAAUUCACUAAUCAUCGAUUGAUUUUAAAAAUUAUUGAUUAAAACAUACUAAUAUGUAAAAAUACCUACCAAUUUAAAAUUAAUUUAUAAACGUUUUAUUCUUUAACUUAUGACGGAAUUAAUACAU